AUGUCUCUAUUGAAGAUGAUUUACAUCACUAAAGACUGUGCAAUAGUCUGCCAAGAAAAGGGUAUUGCUCCUCUUGAGCUAAUCAAAUGGUCUAUGCAGGCAGUCAAUAAGUCCUGUGUUGUUGCUGAUCAAUACAAGGACUUUGUCUUGUCCAAGAACAAAUGGACUCUACUUGAACUCAUCAAGAAAGUACUGUUUGAGCCAAGAUUUAAAGCGGACCUUAAAAAACUUCACAAAUGGUAUAUAGCCAUUGACCAGGCUGAUAUUUACUUUAUAUGCUUGGCAUUGGAUCCUGGUGUGAAACUUGAGUAUACACAGGCUCACUGGGAUAAAAUCUAUCAUUUCAAUGGUUUGAAAGCCCUUAAAAAAAAGUUUGAUGUGUAUGUCAAGAAGUUCAAAAAAAGCAAACUCUCUGCUGAAGUUAUUCCAGCUACUAUUGCUGCCCCAGUAGCUGGUUAA